AUGUCCGCUCAGAAAGGGAGACCCGCCUCGGAAGCCGAUUCAAGCGGGGAGUUGAAACGCCUUGCAUCGUGCAAUGCCCCCAUGCAUCCAAUGCAAGGCCACAUGUUGAAGCGACCGAGGGUGAAUCAAUUGGUGGAUACCCCGAGGCGUGCUGAUUCUCUUUCGGCGGUGGGACCCGGCCAACAGCAGCUCACCGAUAACGUCAACUACUUCGCAGGCCCCAGGCGGCUUGGGAGGAAAAUAUGGGUCAGGAAGUUCGGCCCUAUCAACCGCCCCCCUCUGGGCCUUUCACGGGGGUCUGCUUGUGUGGAGGAGGACUGGGCCUUGUACAGGCCUGGGCCCACGCCUUGUGUGCAGGAGGUCAGUGUGAAUAUGCUUAGGUCCGUGUACCAGUUGUUGUCCAGGCCCGGGCCCAGAUUUAACCCUGCUGUGGACGAAUUGGGUUGGCUUUGUUCGGUUUUCAUUCCAGGGGUUAGACCCGCUAAUUCUGUUGCUCCAAUUCGCAACCUUUGCCCACCGUUUUGUAUUAUCUCUUUUGGUCUAACCUCACCUUCUUCCCGAUCCAUAUACUCCGAUGACCCAUCUGUUCCAGUCCCCCUGGCCAUUACCUCUCCUCCCUCCUCCUUUCACAGUCAGUGCUCAGAUCUAACCAGCCCGCCUUCAUCCCCCGGUUCGCAUUUCGCGUUGAGUUCCAGCUUCGGGGAUUUUGAUUUUCCUUCCCCCUCGUGCGUUCCGGACAGUCAAGCUAGGGUGGGAAGUCAAGACGAUUUCCCCUUUGACGCAGCAACUCUCGUGGCCACCAGCAUUGAAUUGAGCAGUUUAUUCAAGAUUGAAAUGGAGGGUGGAGCGGAUAAUGUGGUGAAAUUGAUAGAGAAUACCGCCAGGGAAAUGCAUCAGAGAAAAGUGCGCCAACCCAGGUCCAAACUUGAAAUGGAAAGACACAGACUAGGAUUGAUUGAGGUGCCAGUUUCAGGUGAUCGCAGGAGCCGCAGAAGGGGUGGGGAUGAACAUGCUGAACCAGUAUAA